AUGUCAUGUGUAACUAAGGAGUCGCCACCAACCAGCAAUAGCAAUGGCAAAAGCAAUAGCAAUAGCAAUAGCAGCUACAACAAUAACAGCAACAGCAAAAGUGGUUCCUGCCACACACAAGCAACAAAAACAACAACAACGGUAAGAGACCGGAAUGGAGGGGAAAUCACCUGGAGAGCAACAAGCGGAAACUGCGGUCUGAUGAAUAUCCCGCAGUGA